AUGCACAGACACAGACACAAACUCAAACAUGGACACAGACUCAGAUACAGUCACGGACACUCUUUUCGCACUGGCUUGGAUGUUGGCGAAUUGGUAAUUGCUACUCAGUUCCCGUCUUUAUCGAUCGCUUCCACCGCUUCCACCGCCUCCACCGCCUCCAUCGCCUCGGUGCCGGUCCGACGCGGCUCUCUACUCGGACUUGUAGCCGCCUGCGUGAUGGCGAGCACAGAGUCCGCUCCUGCCAUUGGCGACGGCUCGCCGUCAUAUCCGCCUGGCCUACUCACGACUCGCCUCACCUCACCUCACCUCACCUCGGUCUGUCGGUGUGCGCCGGCACUCACGGCGCCUGAGCGACCAGAUGCUCUCUCACCUCGGCCUGCAAAGGCUGCAUGUAUGCCGUCCUGCCUGCUUGCCUGCCUGUCGAUGUGUAGGCGUAUGCACGUACGUCGUGUGGAUAGGAGACUGUUAAUCAGCUCUCCGAUCGAUCCGCCUCGAUGGGCCGUGUUCCGCAGGCCCGGGUUCACCGGUCUCUCCUGA